AUGGAUAAUUUCAAGGUCAUGGAUAACGUUGGUCUCUUGCUCAUCCUUUUCUUAUGCAGUGCCCACACAACUCAAUCUCUGAAUGGAGAACAAGUGCUUGAGCUUCAUGAUAUUGGACUGCCCGGAAGGUCAAAUAUUCAUUUUGGCCCAAAGUACACGGUUCACAUAAUCGAUGUUUUGACUAACGGGGACCUCACGUUCCAUUGCAAAUCUAAAGACACUGAUCUUGGGAAGAUUAACGCUACAUCGGGUGAGGAUUAUCAUUUUAGUUUUUAUGAAAAUAUUUUUGGAAGAACACUUUUCUUUUGUGGUUUCGCCCAUAAUCAACAGAGACAAAGUUUCGAUGUUUUUGAUGGAGCUCUAAAAAUGAGAUGUGUAGACUGUUAUUGGCGGGUGAGAGAUGAUGGAUUUUAUUUUAGUGAUGAUGGUAUAUCUUAUCUGAAGCAAUACAGUUGGAUUGGAUAA